UGUAUUAAGUUAUGAAAACUCCUUUAAUAGUCCGGGGACUUCGUUUUUUUAUUAGAAGUUGAACUGUUCCAUCUUGAAUGUUACUUGACUUUAGCUGUUAAAUUUUCGACAAGAACUCUUCCGGAUGAUAUUUACAGUUACAACUUAAAUCCUUUGUUCCGUAAUCGCAGCUCAUGCUUUUUGCAGGGAAUUGUGACAGCUCCUAUAUUGUUUGCCAUGGAAGAGUUUCCUCAGUUGCGUGAAGUUGUUGACAGAGGAUUUGACAACCAAGCAAAUGUUGAUAUUGCCCUAGAGUACCUUGGGAAGAGCCGAGGAAUACAAAAGGCUAGAGAGCUAGCGAAGAAGCAUGCUAAUCUUGCAGCAGCAGCUAUUGAUUCUUUACCGGAAAGCAAUGACGAAGAAGUAAGAAGGUCAAGGCGUGCACUUGUAGAUCUUACUCAGAGAGUCAUAACUCGGAAUAAGUAAACAGAAGACUACAAAAUCCUUGAAUUCUUAGUCAAGUCAAUUGUUGCUUCUCUUAGGUGAGGGAAAACUCCCCUAUAGUUUUCUUCAAUCCAAAAUUUUUGAAAAAAAUUUGCUACAUUUUUUUCAUAAUAAUCAUUUCAUGGAUUAGAUUACUGUAAAUUGCUAUUCCGAUAAAUAGGCGAACUUAGUAACAUAUUACCCAUUUGUUUAAUCUAAUAUCAAGUGAACAUUUUGCACUUGAUUUAGUCGUGUA